AUGAAGUUACCCACUCGGAAGGCCAAACUUCUAUUCCUGCUGGCCCCCGCCAUUGCGACCGCGCUUACCUCUGAAAUCGUCGGUCGCGACGAACAGGCUGCCGUUGGAAGCAGAACCGACUCUCCUGCGAAGGUUGCUCCCAUAGAUGGAAAUGAUGGAAAGCCUCACAAUGGACCCUGGGUUGAAACGGAUGGCAGAGUUGAUGAUGACCUACCUGCACUGAAGGGUCGUCCAGUAGACCCAACCGUUAUUGACGGCCAGAGGAUCCCUGAGUCUAACGAUGGAGUAAUGGAUGACCCUAAUCGCCAGCUUCCUAAGGAGGGUACAAGGGGAACUGAGGGCGGCGUGUCGGGUAAGCCGAAGGGUGAUGGCGAAGCCAAGGUGCCCGAAACGCCAAAGGAGGCCCCAAUCCAUCAUGCUCCUGAGGAGCAUAUUGCUGCUACGGAAGGUUCACAAGGAGAAGGCCUUCCCAAGUCCAGCGAAGGGUCUGCCGGGAUAGAAAAGCCAGAAGACCUUCCCGAACGAGUUGGGGAUACCCCAAUCCCGGUUCCCGGCAAUAGCGGCAAGAGCAACCCAGACCCUUCUCAUGGCGGUAGCUCUCUCGAACCCGAAGAAGGUGUCAUCGAACCAUUCCAUUCCUUCGUGAUUUCUCUGACGAUGAUUCUUGUGUCUGAAGUCGGAGACAAGACCUUCCUCGUGGCCGCGCUUAUGGCCAUGAAACACGACAGGAUGGUUGUGUUCUCUGCCGCCUUUUCGGCUUUGCUCGUUAUGACGGUGCUUUCCGCCGUUCUUGGACAGGCUGUCCCCACUCUCCUUUCGAAGCAUGUCAGCAGCUUCUUGGCCGCGGUGCUUUUCUUUAUCUUCGGCGCUAAGCUAUUGAAGGAGGGUCUCGCCAUGUCUCCGGAUGAGGGCGUCGCUGAGGAGAUGCAUGAGGUUGAGCGAGAGCUCGCUGAGAAAGAAAAGGAUGCUUACGCUCUAGAGAUGGGUGUUGGAGGGGAGGGAAGGAAGUCGCGCCCUAAGGGCCGCUUCCCUGCUCCCCCACGGUCGCCGUCUACCUCCCCACACGCAGCCGCUCCUCAGGGGCGUUCUCUUAGUAGUAUGGUUGAGGGCGUUGAGAAUCUCCUGUCUCUUCUCCUCAGCCCUGCUUGGGUUCAAACUUUCAUCAUGACUUUCCUUGGUGAAUGGGGUGACCGAAGCCAGAUUGCCACCAUCGCAAUGUCGGCUGGUUCCGAUUACUGGUGGGUUACCCUUGGCGCGAUGGCGGGUCACUGUGUCUGCACUGGUGUUGCUGUCCUCGGUGGCCGCGCCAUUGCUGGCAAGGUUAGCAUGAAAGUUGUUACCCUUGGAGGUGCCAUCGCCUUUCUCAUCUUUGGCAUCAUCUACCUCUAUGAAGCUCUCUUCUAA